AGAGUAAAAAGCCGGGUGCCAGAGGAGCAGUACAUAAGGGGCGUCCAGUCAGGUAGACGUGAGCACACAUCCCGUGAAAAGCACAGCUUCAUUUUAUUUCUUGAUCUUCAUCAUCAAACACAACAGUCAACAUGUGCGACGAAGAAGUUACCGCUUUGGUUGUUGAUAAUGGCUCCGGCAUGUGCAAGGCCGGUUUCGCCGGAGACGAUGCCCCCAGGGCUGUGUUCCCCUCAAUCGUCGGACGCCCAAGACAUCAGGGUGUCAUGGUGGGUAUGGGUCAGAAGGACAGCUACGUCGGCGAUGAGGCCCAGAGCAAGAGAGGUAUCCUCACCCUGAAGUACCCCAUUGAACACGGUAUCGUCACCAACUGGGACGAUAUGGAGAAGAUCUGGCAUCACACCUUCUACAACGAGUUGCGUGUGGCUCCAGAGGAACACCCAGUCCUGUUGACAGAGGCUCCACUGAACCCCAAGGCCAACAGGGAAAAGAUGACCCAGAUCAUGUUUGAGACCUUCAACGCUCCAGCCAUGUACGUCGCCAUCCAGGCUGUAUUGUCCCUGUACGCCUCCGGUCGUACCACGGGUAUUGUGCUCGACACUGGUGAUGGUGUCACCCACGCCGUCCCCAUUUAUGAAGGUUACGCCCUCCCCCACGCCAUCCUCCGUUUGGACUUGGCUGGCCGUGACCUCACAGAUUACCUGAUGAAGAUCCUCACUGAGCGUGGUUAUUCAUUCACAACCACAGCUGAGAGAGAAAUCGUGCGUGACAUUAAGGAGAAGCUGUGCUAUGUUGCUCUUGACUUUGAACAGGAGAUGGCCACCGCCGCCUCCUCCAGCUCCCUGGAGAAGAGCUACGAGUUGCCUGAUGGUCAGGUCAUCACCAUCGGUAACGAGCGUUUCAGGUGCCCAGAGUCCCUCUUCCAGCCAUCCUUCUUGGGUAUGGAGUCCGCUGGUAUCCAUGAGAGCACCUUCAACUCCAUCAUGAAGUGCGACGUUGACAUCAGGAAGGAUCUGUACGCCAACACUGUCCUGUCCGGAGGCACCAGCAUGUUCCCAGGUAUUGCUGACCGUAUGCAGAAGGAGAUCACCGCUCUCGCCCCAAGCAGCAUGAAGAUCAAGAUCAUCGCUCCACCAGAGAGGAAAUACUCCGUAUGGAUCGGUGGCUCCAUCUUGGCCUCUCUGUCCACCUUCCAACAGAUGUGGAUCAGCAAACAGGAAUACGACGAGUCCGGCCCAAGCAUUGUCCAUCGCAAGUGCUUCUAAACUAACUCUGUCUCUAGCUUUUUUAAUCAAAAUUAUCUUUCUUCUUUCUCUGAACUACAGCCCUUUGUGAUAAUUGGUAUGUGCUUCAGUGACUCUCGACGUCGCAUCUUUCUCUUCAACAUGUGUCUACCUUUUAACGGUAGACUGUGACUUUCUCGGGACAAAUGUUAGGUUAGAAUCCGCUGGACUGGUGUGUCAAAUGUGGACGUAGUAUCUAAUGUAGAUUUCCUUGUCAAAGUGGACUAGAUCUGGAUAAAAAGGGCAGGUUUUUUUAUUUUCAAAAAGGAAAUCGGCGUAACAAAAAGUAAGUUAAAGAAAUGCGUGCGGUAACCUUAAGGUCAAGAAACACAAUAACCAAAAAAACUUUGAGACCACUGCCGUAUCUGUGAAGAAAAAACAAGGAUCACAAAACUUUUGUACGAUGUUGUAAGUGCAAUCUCAAGUUUUUAAUAAAAUGUACACCUAUAACUGUU